AAUUCUCAUCCCCAUUUUCGCGCCACAAAAAGCCCUAAUUACAAAUCCAUCCAUUUCUCUCUCUCUCACUCUCAGAAAUCAGAUCAGAGAGAUCAUCUCACACCAAAAAAACCCCCUCAUUUCUCACUCUCCGUAAAAACCCUAAAACGCCAAUCAAUCUAUUCAUGGACACCGAGGGCUUAUCGUUAAUCUGCGCGGGUCUUGGAAUCGCCGAAGAAGACGACAAUGGCAAUCGGAUCGGCUACUCCAAGGGCCAGUACUGUCUAGAUAAUUUGAAAGAUUUACUGAGGUUUUUGAGGCGUGACGAUCCACAUACACGAGAUGUGUUCAAGCAAGUCUGUAAAUGGAAAAUUGUGUCAAAAGAUCUGAUUCCUAUUAUAGAACACUGCCAAGAUGAUCGUAACUUGGUUUUGAAUGCAGUGAAGGUUUUGGUGUUCCUUACUAUGCCUAUUGAGCCUACUUCGAAAGAUAUUUCACAACAGCUAGAGUAUCUGUGGGGGUUGAAAUCGUCAGUUACGUGUAGUGACAUUGUCGCUGUGAUAGUCUCACUUCUGGAAAGCCCAUUGGAGAAUUUGGAAAGCGAAACAUUCACAGAGGAUGACUGGAAAUUGGUGCAGCUUGUACUUACUUUAUUUCGAAAUGUUCUAGCUAUUCAAGAAAUCCCGUUACAGCAAAAGGCAGGGGGAUGUGCAAGUCAAUUUUUAUCUUUGAGAGAAAGAUUUUUGGAACUUCUAUUCCAUGAGAAUGUAAUGGACUUAAUUAUAGUUAUAACUCAGCAUGUUGGUGGUUUAUAUGGCUAUUUUCGUCAAGACAAUUUACUUUUAUUAGAGAUUUUCCAUUACAUCUUUAUGGGUCAAGAGCCAGAGUUAACUGCCAAAGCACAUCUAAAGGGUUUUAAGGUGGAUGUAGACACUGAAGAUUCUCUUAGUAGUCUCGAGUCCAUUAUGAAGGAGGAAGAACAGAAACGAAGACUUUCCAGAUUACACAAUACGAGUCGUCAUUCACAGUUUAUUGGGACAUUUACUCGGGUUACCAUGGAUGGUUCUAAAGCAGUAUUAAAGGGAAAUCCAAACUCUGCAUCUCAAGAUACCCUGCUUAAACCUCACAAGAUUCCUCGGGGUCCUGUAAAAAGGAUUGCAUGGGACAUUGGAAGAUUACCUCCAACCAAGGAUAAAAUUUUGAAGUUGCUUUAUGAUUUUGUGAUCCAGUUUCUGUCGGGAGGUUACAAUGUUUUGAUGCAGUCUAUUCGUGAGGAUAUUGAAAAGGAACAUCAUGCAAUUCAGAAAAACGAUGUCAUUGUUUUCUUUCAGGUUGCUCAGUUUGUUACCUCUUUUCAACAUCACAAGUUUUUGAAUUCUAAGCCAAAUGUGGGAGUAGAUAAUUUUGAACACUUUGAUAAAGAUGCUGAUAGCACAAUUUUUAGAGGUGAUAUUUGUGGACCAAUUGCUGAAUCCAUGAACGAGUCAAUGUUCCAACUGGUCAUUCUAAAGUGGCGUAAUGCAUUUGAUGGGUUAAAGGAAACAAAUGAUUACAAGUUUCUCUCUGCUGCUGGUUCUCUUAUGAAAAACAUGAUUAGCAUGCUAGAUUUGAUGCUUAAGUUGUUGCCAGACGACGCUAAGGAGCUUUACACAGCUCGCAUUCUUCUUUACAAGUUAUUUUAUGAUCAGACUGAUCAAGGGAUGACUCAGUUCCUCUUGAAUUUGAUCAAAACGUUUGACACUCACAAACAACCAAAAAGUGAUCUCGCAGAUAUGGUAGAGAUGAUGCAUAAAGUUGUGCAGCUCAUGGAGAACCUUCAAGCACGUGGAACUUUGAGGGUUUCUAGAAAAUCAAGGAGAAAGAGAGAGAACAAAUCAUCGAGUGACAAGGAAGCAGGAAACGUACAGGGUGAUCAUGUCACUGUUCAGAAUGAGAUUGGCAUCUCUAAUAGUGAGCAAUCAGCAGAUAUGAGCAUAGCACAGAAGGGAAGUCUAACUAACACAAAUUCUGAUGGGAAAGAAAACAUCAUGUUCUCUGCUCAGGCCGAUGAACCUGAUAUAUCCAUGUCGGAGACAGGGAACCUUAAAAGCAGUGUGCCACAUAUGGAUAAUGAAAGUGCUGAUCAGGCUAAUGAUGAUCCUUGUUAUGACACAGGUGAUUCUUCUGCUGAUGAGCAGCUAAAUGCAACUGAUGAAGUUGAUUUUAACGUGUCAACUUUGAUAUCUGCUUUUGCAAACAACAACAUUAUUCAUAAAUUAUGUUGGUUACUAAAGUUUUAUAAGAGCAAUUCUGCCACUACAAAUCACUACAUAAUUUGCAUGUUGCGGAGGAUUACUGAUGACUUGGAGCACUCUCCAAUGCUGUAUCAGUUAUCAAUCCUGAUCACAUUCCAUAGUAUCCUAGUUGAGCAGAAGUCAUGUCCAUCAAAAGAUUAUUCAAACAUUGUUGAUUUCCUGACAAGUUUUGUCAGAAGGAUGCUAAGAAAAAUGAAAAUUCAACCCAUUCUUUUUGUGGAAAUUCUCUUUUGGAAGACGCGCAAAGAAAGCCAUUACAUUAAUGCUGAAUAUAUGUUGCAUGAGAUUGGCUCUUUGAAGAAAGACAGUAGAAACUGGGAAAAUAUUCCAGAGGAUGCAGAAUUCGGUUCAUCACAGGCCAAAGGAUGGACCAGUAGAAGCAUUGCAGAUGCACUUGGUGAAGAUGAAGCUGAUGUUGUGAUCUCUCAUGAGCAAGGAUAUCAGAAUAGGGGGCAGUCCAUGGAACAUGAAUCUGAAAGGGAUCCUAGAAGAAAGAAAAGACUUUCUCUCGAUGGCGAAAUGGAGAGAAAAAUUAAGGAUCUCUAUGAGAAAUUCAAAGAUGAUCGGCAUUGUAUUCGUCUUAUUGCUGAAGUUCUAGAACCUGAUGGUAAAGUUUCACCAGCACAAAUUUCUAAUAAGCUUAGACAGCUAGGACUGAAAGUUGCACCAAGGAAAAAGAUGCACUAUGAUGAUGACCAUGAUGGAGAUGGAAAAGCAGUGGAAAAAGUUAGUAAUUUCCAUAACUCAGAUGAUAUGGAGGGAAGUUUAUUGAGGCCUUUGCACAAAAGGAAAAGAGUUUCUGCUUUUAGUGAAGAUCAGGAAGAUAUGAUCAGAGCUCUAUAUGAGAAAUUCAAAGAGCAUAAGAGGUGUAGCUACAUGAUUGCAAAUGCAUUGGAUGCAGAUAAUAAAUUCACAGCUGUUCAAGUUUCUCAUAAGCUUAAGCAACUUGGUUUACGAGUUCCUCAACAGAAGAAGUUUGAAGCCAACAUGCUUAUAAAAAAUGAGAAUUCUAAUAGUUUGUUCACAGACAAAGCACAUGACCCUGAUGAUGAAACAUUGUUAUCAUUAUUGAAUAGGCGCAAAAAGGUGGAUGAGAGGCUAUUUGGUGAGCAAUUACCAGAACAAGUUGAAGGAUUAUUGCCCGAAGAUGAUUCGGAUGAUGAACUCCUAAGCUCUGUCUUUAAGAAAACUAGAAGGCCGCUUCCUCAGUCAAAGGAUGAGAAGCUCACAGCCAUCUCAAUUCAGGGAACAAAAAUUCAAAAUGAUCCUGGAAAUAGACCUACUGAAGUUGUCAAAAUACAGGAUGUUAACAACCAGUGCAGUAAGGCGGAACCUGCAGGAGUCGAUGUGAAUGUUUCUUUUAAUUAUGGCAGUCUAAGUGGCACUGCUGAAGCUGAAGUGACUAGCAUUGGCAGUGGAAGUUUGUUGAACGUUGCACCUGUGAAUCAUUUAGAUAAUUUGUCACAAGUUGAUAUUUCGGCAGCUUUUGGGGAUGCAGUGGCUCCCAGUUCAUUUCCACAGAGUAAUCUAAUAAGAAGGAUUGUUGCACCUGUGAACGAUUUAGAUAAUUUGUCAGAUCAGGUAGUGGAUGAGGAAUUGGAAGAUGCAAUUGAUGAAUUAGCUCCUAGUGCAUCUCCAAAGAGUAAUGUAAUGAGAAGGAAGUCGAGAAUGGUACUUGAUCUUGAGGAUGACGACUGAGAUGGAAGCGUGGCCAGGUGAAGAGUGCAUUCCUUUAGAACUGAAACUGAAUUUUGUUGUAAGAUUUUUGGAGUGUAGAAGAGUGGAUGGAGAAAAGAUUAUGUAGAUUGAUCAUUUGAUGAAGUUUUCGCACUUCGGGAUGUGAUUUGUCCAUGUUAUCACAUGCAUUCGGUCUUGCGUCUAUUUUCUAAGGAGUAAUGAUUAUCACUCAUCAUUGUAUAUAAUCCGUAUUCUAAUCAUUUUACGUUUUAAAUGUGGACAUCACAUGUGAAAUUGUGGACCUAAUAUA